AAAUGUUGCGCCAUCGGUUGAUCGUGUGGGCCUGUACUGUCGUGUUUAGUCCCCGUUCUUGGAAGACUGGUGGCACUGGCUUCAGUGUGAUAGCUCCGGCUGAAAUGCUUCCCCAUCUAUUCUGCCCUCGGUUGAAGUUAGAACACGGGAAAUUAAAUUGCCCUGAUGCGGUGUGUCUUGAGUGCAUUUAAAUAUAGGUGUGAGAAUAGAAACACGUUUCACUGAUCGUUUGAGAUUAUCCGACAACACGCUCCCCUUCUUUCCUGAAGCGGUUGCCAAGCCAACUUCAAAUCUCGCGGGGCGGGACGGGGGGAGGAGGGAAACUCACAGCAACAUGGAGGCCGAGCGCUGCUGAUGUGUCUGGCCCCGCUGGCUAGUCAAUUAAUGCCGGAAGAGGACGUUGGGGAUCAGUUGCAAGUCAAGAAAGAAUUUCAAAUGAAAAGAAAAUGAGUGGGGGCCUGGCACCAAGCAAAAGCACAGUAUAUGUAUCAAAUUUGCCGUUUUCACUGACAAACAGUGAUUUGCACAAGAUUUUUUCCAAGUAUGGCACAGUUGUAAAGGUUACAGUAUUGAGGGACAAGGAUUCCAGGAAAAGUAAAGGUGUGGCAUUUGUUCUGUUCCUGGAUAGAGAAUCGGCACAUAACUGUACCAGGGCACUGAACAACAAGCAGUUGUUUGGUAGAACAGUGAAGGCGAGUAUUGCAGUUGACAAUGGCAGAGCAUCUGAAUUCAUCAGAAGGCGCAAUUAUACUGACAAAUCCAGAUGUUAUGAAUGUGGAGACUAUGGUCAUUUGAGUUAUGCUUGUCCAAAAAAUAUGCUUGGAGACCGAGAGCCCCCCAAAAAGAAAGAGAAGAAGAAAAAGAAAAAAAUCAGUGAACCGGAAGAAAUUGAAGAGGAAGAGGAGGAGGAAAGUGAAGAUGAGGGAGAAGAUCCUGCUCUUGAUAGCUUAAGCCAAGCUAUUGCUGUCCAGCAAGCAAAGAUUGAGGAGGAAGAACUUAGACGUAAACAAACAGCUGAAGAUGCAAAUGAAUGUUCAACAUCUGAACUGUCGAAGCGCCCACGGAUAAAAAAAAGUGCAUACUUCAGUGAUGAAGAGGAGCUGAGUGACUAGAUUGUUUUUCAAUGUGUAUUUAAAUAGAGAAAAGGCAUUUAAAUGGUCCAGGUUAAUUAGACUAGAAUUCAAGGUUUCAUGGAUGCUCUCAGCCAUUACAGGUGGACUGAAUAUUUUAAUACCUUUUGGAAUAUGUGAUUUUAUUUUUCAUUUUAAUGCUUCCGACAUUCAUAGUGAAAGGAUUAUUAUGAAGUUUACCAACAGCUUACUGAUUGCAGUGCUUUCUAGCACAUUUUUGCAUAUGGUAGCCAAACUUUAAUAUUCCACUUUCAUGAGUUGAAUCUCACUGUGAAGACCACAAUCAUGGAAACCUUUGUUGUUGUCUAAUUCAAAAUUGUUGUGUAUUCCCUCAAAGUAAACACUUGAUCAAAUUCCUCCUGUGUGAAUGAAAUAAAAUUGUUUCAGACACACUAUUCUGACUUCAGAAUAAAAGCUGGAAUUAAUUCAACGUUCAAAAUGGCAGUUGCUUAGACUUUUUUAAAAAACUGCAGAAAAAUAUUGUUGCCCGAAGAUGGUAUAUUAGCCAAAGAUUUUGUUUCAUUAUCGAUAUACAAAUGGGAUGGUUAAAAGCAUCUUCAAAUUGACUUCCGAUAUGAAUUAUGUGAAUAGUUAAACUCUGGUGUGUAGUUGUUAUUAUUAACUG